AUGUACGUGUCAUACCAGACCAAUUACAACUGUCGUAUCAAAACCUCAGAGUCACAAGCAGACUUUGCCCCCUAUUUCUAUGACAAUGGACCGUACAACUACAAUGGGAACAUGGCACUGUUCAGCCUCUCGGAGGAUACGGCUGUUGGUACACAGAUCUAUUGUCUCAAUGGCACAGACCCUGAGGGCCAGGAGGUGAGGUAUGGUCUUUCCUUUGAUCCAGGGUCCAAAGAAUACUUCCGGGUCGACCCGAUAUCCGGAAACAUCACAUUGGUAGAACAGCUGGACAGAGAGAAACAAGAUUCUAUCGACGUUCUUGUCAGCAUCACAGAUGGGCAAAGCAAGGUGGUGGAAAGAGUCACAAUAUUUGUGAUGGAUGCAAAUGAUGAAAAGCCUGAAUUCCUAAACAUGCCGGCCAUCAUUGAUGUACUGGAAACAACUGGUUCUGGCAGCAGCAUUUACAAAGUCGAGGCCGUGGACAAAGACACAGGCUCAGGGGGCUCAGUCACCUUCUUCCUCCAGAAUCCUCAGUCCACUUUGUUUGCUAUUGACCGACAUAGUGGUAUCCUUCGCAUCAAGUCUGGAGAAAUGUUGGACUAUGAGAAAACAAAGACACACUUUGUGACUGUCAUUGCAAGGGAUGGUGGUGGUGAUUUUAAUGGCAAGGAGCAGUUUAUGUCAUCCUCUGCUACCCUGACGAUCAAUGUGAUUGACGCACAGGACACUCCGCCAUUUUUUAUUGGGACACCAUAUUUUGGCUACGUUUAUGAAAUCUCAGAGUCAGGAUCGGAAAUAUUCACUGUUGUAGCCAAAGAUGGCGAUGCGGGAAACCCAAAUCCAAUCCAUUAUUCCUUUGACGAUGGUGACGAUGGUGUAUUUAGCAUCAAUAAAACAAGUGGUUGUAUCACUCUGCUGACUCCCCCCAUAUAUCUGAAGAGAGAAAUCUUUAACAUUAAAGUAAAGGCAUCAGAAGUAAGUCCUGAAGGCAGACUCAUGGACUAUGAGGUGACCACGGUGGUGAUCCGUGUGGUGGACCUGAACAAUAAUCCACCUACUUUCUACGGAGAGAACGGCCCAAAGAACAUGUUUGAGUUGACCAUGUAUGAGCAUCCACCAGAGGGAGAGAUACUCCGGGGGCUGAAAAUCACUGUCAACGACUCUGAUCAGGGUGCAAAUGCUAAAUUCAAUUUGAAACUGAUCGGACCGGGAAGGAUGCUGCGAGUCGUUCCUCAGACUGUACUCAAUGAGGCCCAGGUCACAAUCUUAGUAGAAGACUCUGCUGCGAUGGACUAUGAGAAACACCACUUUCUCACAUACAAGCUACUUGCAGUUGAGAUCGACACACCCGAGAGAUUCAGUGCCACAGCAGACAUUGUCAUUCAUCUCCUGGACACUAACGACAACGCUCCCAAAUUCUCCUCAGAUUACUACAUUGCCAGAAUUCCAGAAAACUCACCCGGUGGCUCCAAUGUGGUGUCAGUCACGGCAACAGAUCCCGACUCAGGACCUUGGGGUGAAGUGAAGUACUCUAUCUACGGAUCUGGGGCUGACUUAUUCUUGAUCCAGCCUGCAUCUGGGAUCAUCUACACCCAGCCGUGGGCGAGCCUGGACGCGGAGGUGAGGUCCAAGUAUAACUUCUAUGUGAAGGCAGAGGAUGCAGAGGGGAAGUACAGCCUGGCUGAGGUCUUUGUGACUGUGUUGGACCUGAAUGACCACCCACCUGCAUUCAAUGACAACUUCCUUGAGAAGACUAUGGUGAUUGGAGCACCAGUGAAAAUAGAGGCUGUAGACGACGAUGCAGAAGUGCCCAACAAUGUCAUUGAGUAUGCCAUCAUGAAAGCUGAGCCAGACAACAACAUCUUUGACAUUAACGCUGACACGGGGGAGAUCAUGCUCAAAUCCUACAUCAAGUCAAUGGCCAUCAUUCAGAACAUCACCAAGCAGAGAGACUGCACCUGGUCACUAGUGGUGCAGGCCAGGGACCGAGGCCAGCCGUCCUUCAGCACCACUGCGGUUAUCAAGAUUGACAUCACUGAAGCUACCCAACUCAGUGGGGGGCCUUUGGGAUCAUUUUUGAUGCAGAAUAGAAACAAGCCUUUGCAAAUCCUAGGCAUGCUUGCUGGUGUCAUUAGUCUCAUGGUCAUAGUCACAGUCAUCAUCUCCACUGCAACAUUUAUGCGCAACAAAAAGUCCAACAGGAUCCUGCCCAACCGCCGCGUAAGGAGGAGGGCACGGAAACAGCAAACCUGGAACUUCAAAAACCCCUUCAAGACACCACAAACUGCCAGAGAGAAAUUCAGAGUGGAAGAGGAAGAGCCGGAGCCAGAGGUCAUCGUGGAGAAUGUCAACUAUAACAACAAUGUGACCAACGUUGUGAGACACUGGCCUCUGCCGCCGUGCGCCCCGUCUCUUCCCCCUCCACCACCCCCUUACAUCCCAGGUGAAAGGCAGUGGGCGGUACCUACCGUCUCAGCAACAGUGGCACCCAAACCUAGAAAGAAGCCAUUUAUGAACAGACAGGACACUGUGAACUUAGCGCUGGUUUCAGAGCUCAAGAUGAAACUGGAGCAGAAGAGGAUGCUGAAACACUAA